AUGUGCAGCACCCCCAGGGGCUCUCCCAGGGGUGUCGGAGCCCUCAGGGGCAGUGGCGGUCCAAGGGACACCCACAAAGGCGGCCACGCCCCUAGGGGCCCUCUCAAGAGCGACUGCACUUCCAGGGCCCUGCAAGAGACGGUGGCACCCCCAGAGGCCCUACCAAGGGCGGUGGCAUUCCCAAGAGGCUUCCCAGGUGAGGUGAUGACCCUAGGGCUCUCCUUAGGGGCAGCUGCCCCCGAAGGGCUGUCCCAUGAUUGUUGCAUCCUCAUGGACCCUACCAGGACCGGUUGCUCCCCAAAGGACCCUGCCAAGGGUGGAGGCGCCCCUAGUGGCACUCUCAGGGGAGUGCAAAAAGAACUGCCCCCAGGAGCAUUACAAGGACACUGCCCCCUGAGGCUCGUCAAUUUGCCCUACCAGGUGCAGCGCCCCCAGGGGCUCUCCCGGGGGUUUUGUAGCCCCCAGGGGCAGUGGCGGCCCAAGGGGCCCCCCAAAGGCGGUGACGCCCCUUGGAGCCCUCUCAAGAGCGACUGCGACCCCAGGGGCCGUGAAAGGGACGGUGGCACCCCCAGGGGCCCUACUAAGGGCGGUAGCAUUCUUAGGAGACUUCCCAGGGGCAGUGGCGGCCCAAGAGGCCCCUCAAAGGCGGCCAAGCCCCGAGGGGCCCUCUCAUUAGCGACUGCGCCCCCAGGGGCGCUGAAAGGAACGGUGGCACCCCCAGGGGCGCUGAAAGGGACGGUGGCACCCCCAGGGGCCCUACCAAGGGCGGUAGCGUUCUUAGGAGACUUCUCAGUGCAAAAAGAACUGCCCCCAGGAGCAUUACAAGGACACUGCCCCCUGAGGCUCGUCAAUUUGCCCUACCAGGUGCAGCGCCCCCAGGGGCUCUCCCGAGGGUUUUGUAGCCCCCAGGGGCAGUGGCGGCCCAAGGGGCCCCCCAAAGGCGGCGACGCCCCUUGGAGCCCUCUCAAGAGCGACUGCGACCCCAGGGGCCGUGAAAGGGACGGUGGCAUCCCCAGGGGCCCUACUAAGGGCGGUAGCAUUCUUAGGAGACUUCCCAGGUGUGGUGAUGCCCCCAGGGGCUCUCCUUAG